CCUCCUUUUUUAGAAUUGUUGAUGCCCAUAAGGAACUGUAACCUCUCCAUUUAUUAUACAUUGUUGUGUUCUCCCUCUUUCAUCCAUAUCUUUUAUUGUCAUUUCCUCUAUAUAAAGCAGUCCCAAGGUCUCCAUUUCUCCCAUCUCGUGUUGAAUUCUAGCAAUUGAAAAUGAAGUUCUUUUGGGUUGCUCUCUUACUUGCUUUGGUUCUUGUUCUUGGGGUGACUGAGGCUUUUGAUUUUCAUGAGAAGGAUUUGGGGUCCGAGGAAAGUCUCUGGGAUUUGUACGAGAGGUGGAGGAGCCACCACACGGUCUCCACAAGCCUUGGCCAGAAGCACUUGCGCUUCAAUGUAUUCAAGGAAAAUGUUAUGCAUGUUCAUAAUACCAACAAGAUGGAUAAGCCUUAUAAGCUGAAGUUGAACAAGUUUGCCGACAUGACUAACCAUGAGUUUAGUAGCACUUACGCAGGGUCCAAGGUUAAGCACCACAGGAUGCUCCGAGGAACGCUGCGUGGAAGCGGGAGCUUCAUGUACGAGAAGGCGGACAUAGUUCCCCCUUCCGUCGAUUGGAGGAAGAAAGGUGCUGUCACCGGCGUUAAGGACCAAGGCCAAUGUGGUAGUUGCUGGGCCUUUUCAACCGUUGUAGCAGUAGAGGGUAUUAAUCAAAUCAAGGCCAAUAAGCUAGUUUCUUUGUCUGAGCAAGAGUUGGUAGAUUGUGACACUGAAAAAAAUCAAGGCUGCAAUGGAGGAUUAAUGGAUUAUGCUUUUGAGUUCAUCAAGCGAAGGGGGGGCAUAAACACAGAAACUAAUUACCCUUACCAAGCGGCAGAUGGAACUUGUGAUGCUUCCAAGGAAAAUUCUCCAGUAGUGUCAAUUGAUGGGCAUGAGGAUGUGCCUGCUAACGACGAGAAUGCGUUACUUAAAGCAGCUGCAAAUCAACCUGUAUCCGUCGCCAUAGAUGCUGGGGGUUCUGAUUUCCAGUUCUACUCGGAGGGGGUGUUUAGUGGAAAAUGUGGGACAGAGCUGAAUCAUGGAGUUGCAGUUGUUGGCUAUGGAACAACCCUCGAUGGAACAAAGUACUGGAUAGUGAAGAACUCGUGGGGAGCAGAAUGGGGAGAGAAGGGUUACAUAAGGAUGCAGCGUGGCAUCUCUGAUAAGGAGGGGCUGUGUGGUAUUGCAAUGGUGGCUUCAUAUCCCAUAAAGAACAACGCAACUAACCCUGCAGGACCUUCAAUAUCCUAUCCUUCUAAAGACGAACUGUAAACAAUGUUCACCGGGGGCUUUGCCUUUGCCUUUGCUCAGUUUCAGCUCUUGUUUCUUCUGUGUCAGAAUUAAGUUGCAUGUCACGACUUCAUGAACAAAUAAUAUGGAGAUAAUAAUUGA